AUGCGGUCGCUCGUUACACUUUCGUUCUUGCUUGGACAGCUGCUCUUAACCGUGCCUCUUGCAACUGCCAUCACCGUCAAUGCCAACGAUCUCAACUCGCUGAAAUCUGCCGCCGAGACCGCCGCUGCAAGUGCCGUCAAUUAUUAUAAUAACCGCGAGAGCAAGCUGAUCCCGGGAAAGUUCGAUGGUACAUGGUGGGAGGGCGGCGCGUUCUUCACUUUCCUCAUCAAUUAUUGGCAUUGGACUGGCGAUAGUCAGUAUAAUGACUUGGUUACAACUGGUUUAUCUUGGCAGGGAGGAGAGGACAACGACUUCUUCCCUUCCAACUAUAGCAGCUACUUGGGUAACGAUGACCAAGAAUUCUGGACUUUGGCUGCCUUGACCGCCGUUGAGCAGAAGUUUCCUGAUAAUCCCGGGCAUCCGUCCUGGCUUGAAUUGGCUCAGGGUGCUUUCAAUGACUUUGUGAAUCGUUGGGAAACGGACAAAGCAUCAUGUGGUGGUGGUUUGCGCUGGCAGCUGUAUCCCACUCUAGCUGGCUAUGACAGCAAAAACGCCAUCUCCAAUGGCGCAUUUUUUCAGAUUGCUGCACGUCUGGCCCGUUAUACAAGCAACCAAACAUAUGCCGAUUGGGCAGAGACAGUCUGGGAUUGGUCAAUGACCACGCCACUUUUCGAUAACAAGACAUGGACUAUUUACGAUAUGACGCGGAUCUCAAAAGAUUGCAAGGACCAAGAUAAUAUGCAAUGGUCCUACAAUUACGGGUCUUACGUAACUGGGGCUGCUUAUAUGUAUAAUUAUACAAAAGGUGACACCAAAUGGAAAGACGGUGUCGACGGACUUUUAAAUACAAUUUGGUAUACAUUUUUCCCACAACAAUAUGGCGGCAGCAUUCUAGACGAGGUGGCCUGCGAUCCGAUUCUAACUUGCAACCGCGACCAAGUGUGCUUCAAGGGGUUAAUGGCCAACUGGCUGUCCACCAUAGCAUUGAUCGUCCCAUACACAUAUUCUACCAUUAUCGCCAAGCUAGACGGCUCUGCUGUCGCUGCCGGUCUACAAUGCAGCGGCCCAGACUCGGCCUGUGGAAUGCAAUGGUUUAAUUCAACCUAUGAUGGUACUAGUGCAAUUGAGCAAGAAAUGUCUGCCCUCAGUAUCUUCUCCAACACCCUCGUUGGAUUUACUUCGAAGAAUGCCCAUUCAUCGUAUACGCCUCCGAGCCCAGCGGCUCCAGUCACUGCUGACACUGGCGGUAACAGCACCAAUAAUCCCACUGGUGGGCAAAGUACCUCAGGAUAUCAUCCGCCAAAGUUACCAGCCAUCACAGCUGGUGAUCGAGCUGGUGCGGCUAUAUUAACGUUGGUUUUCUCGUGUGCAUGGAUAGGCAUGAUGGUUUGGCUAGUUGUCGGAGGUGCCUACUAG